AUGUCUCUGGGCCUGGGCACCAGCGAGGAAAGUGCCAGUGAGGAUUUCGAUAAAGAGUCGAAGACAAAAGUUUAUCUUAAUAUUAAGAAGAAUUCGGUGGAUGUAAAAAAAAAAGACUUGUGCAAGACCCGGCAGUCUGACUGCAUUAAGAACUACCGCUUGACUACGGAUAAAGAUACGCUGCCGUCUGACGAGGAGACUGAAAAAUCGCGUUCGGAAACUCUGUGGGCUGAUUUCCUUAGCGACGUUGGUUCUGAGAGUCAAAACAACCAGGAAACCGUUCAAAAGCCAAACAUCGCGGUGGAUAAAAAUGCCGGAAUAUGUCUUAAAAAUCUGAUGGAUGUACAAAAAACUAUAAACUUUACCAUUGCAAAGAAAAAUAGUUCUUUACCUGGUUCAAAAUCAAGGCCCGAGGCAUUAAAACGACCGUUACAUGAGAGUGGUGCCGGCUCUCUUAUAGCUACUGAAAAAAAAAGAAAAUUCCCAGUGCUGGAAAAGUCUCAAAUGGAUUGGAAAAACUUUAAAAGAGACGAAGGCAUAGACGAGAAGUUGCGUACACAUAACAAAGGCAAAGACGGAUAUUUGGAGCGUCAGGAAUUUUUGCAGAGAACAGAUUUCCGCCAGUUUGAAAUUGAGAAGAACUUGCGGCAAUCUCGUCGGCCAACUUGA